AUGACCUUGUUUAGUCUUCGAUGGAAGUUUUGUCUCCUUUGCUCACUUUUAGCUUUGUCAGCUUACUGCGAAAAGAAGCCAAGUAAUCGAACAUAUAACGUUUGUAGGUUUGUACGGGAGGGACAAAGAUGCGAUUACAAAAAGUUUGAUUCAAGCGGAGAUGAACCAUGCGUUAUCGGAAGGAAGGCUGGUUUGACAAGAAUAAAUGGCGUUAAAGUUGGUCACGUUGAAGAUGUUGAUCUUGGUGAUAUUGUGAGAAAGCGGAUUACAAAAGCUAUGAGGCCUCUUUUGUUUGAAAUUCCCAAUUUUCUGUCUGAGGAAGAGUGUGGCCACAUGGUUAAUCUUGCGGAAAGAGAACGCUUUGUUACCAGUACAGCUAAGGGAGGACUACAGUCCUGGAGUGAAUUUGAAAUCCCUGACAUCAGAAAUGGGCCAUUGCAUGUUGAUUAUUUUCAAUAUUUGGAUGGGGACAAAAAUGGAAAACUGACUAUCGAGGAGGUGAUGACCUACGCUAAAAAGUACCACUAUUUGGUUCUAACAAAAGAGGAGACCAUUGAAAUAGUAAUUAAGUUAACAAAGCUUCCAAGAGAAAUCAUUUAUGGAAGUGAAAGACUCCAGGUUGUUUAUUAUGAUAAAAAUGGUCAUUACCACGCCCAUUAUGAUUCUGAAACUCACCUGAGGAGCGACGUGCCCUGCUGCCAUCAACAAAAUGAAGUGGAUAUGUUGAGCUUUGAGAAUCCCUGCAGGAUUUGCAGGUACAUUACCAUUCUAUAUUAUCUUAAUGACGUGGAAGGUGGAGGUGAAACAGCCUUUCCUGUUGCAGAAAACGAAACCUUAAAUUUUGAGUACUUAAAAGACAGUCGCGGCACACUGGACUAUUUUAAUCUGAGUCACAACUGUCACGUGGGAAACUUAGUCAUCAAGCCUCGAAAGGGAACCGCUGUGAUGUGGUAUAAUCACUUUAUGGAUAAAGAGAGCGGAUGGCUGGGAGAGAUGGACCAGUAUAGUUUAAAUGGAGGAUGUGAUAUCACAAAAGGCGAAAAAUGGAUCGCUAAUAAUUGGAUCAGUGCUCCAUAUAAAGAUUCAGCUCACAUUCGAAGCUCGUGGUUGAAUUUUUACAUAUAA